UGCAGCUGCUUCAGGAUGAGGUGGCAGACGAGAGGGAGCGCAGGUGGCCAAUGCAAAGUCGCAGCCAGAGAAAAAUGAUGAAUGGAGCAGCGGGACUCUCGCACAUGGACCGUCGCGAGCGGGUUCUCAAGUUAGGCGAGAGUUUUGAGAAGCAGCCGCGCUGCGCCUUCCACACCGUACGCUAUGACUUCAAACCUGCUUCUAUUGAUACUUCCUGUGAAGGUGAGCUUGAAGUCGGCAAAGGUGAACAGGUGACAAUAACUCUGCCCAAUAUAGAAGGCUCAACUCCACCAGUAACUGUUUUCAAAGGUUCAAAGAAACCUUACUUAAAAGAAUGCAUUUUAAUUAUUAACCAUGACACUGGAGAAUGUCGACUAGAAAAACUCAGCAGUAACAUCACUGUAAAAAAAACAAGUAUAAGCUCCAGGAAGACACCAGUUACGUUUAGCACAGUCCCUGAUACAUAG